GCCAUGAAGAUCUCGCUUAGUCCUAUAAUCGACGAAUUGCUAAAGGUUGGACUUCCAGGAAAGUUUGAAGAGGAUGAAGAUUGGACCACGGUUCCUUUUGACGUGGAGUAUUUUGCAGAAGCAAGGAAUAUUUUACGCAAAUGGCGUGAAGAGCACGUUCGUCGAUCCGAAGAAACGGUAGAAAUAUGGGAAUUUGUAUUGAGUCGUCAUCCGCGCGAUCUGGGUGAUGAAUUAUGGCUGGUUUACGAGCAGGUCUGUAUAGCUGCUCUGGAUACAGCACGAGCAGACGUUGUGGUGGAGUGUAUACGUGCUUUGCAAGCGAAAUUUCCACGAAGCAAUCGUGUCCUGAAAUUACAAGCCAUGCGUCUUGAAGCUUUACAGCGAUAUGAUAGUGCCACGCAUCUCUAUGAGCAGCUAAUUGAAUCAGAUCCAACAAACAUGUCCUAUCGAAAACGGCGAAUAGCAAUUCUGAAAGCACGUGGUGAACGACAGGAAGCCAUACAUGCACUGAAUGAUUAUUUGAAAGUAUUCAUAAAUGAUACAGAAGCAUGGCUGGAACUUUCCGACCUAUUUCUGCAGGAAGGUGAUCUUGCACGUGCCGCGCACUGUAUGGAAGAGCUUAUCUUAACGAAUCCUCAUAACAGUUUAUAUUUGCGUCGAUUAGCUGAAAUACGUUAUACGCAAGGAGGCCAAGAAAAUACAGAGCUGGCCAAAUCGUAUUUUGAACAAGCAGUACAAACAAAUCCGUCAUGUGCUCGUUCUCGCUAUGGAAUUGUUUUGUGUUGCAUGUGUUUAUCAUCAAAGAGCAGUGGACAGCGGAAAAAGGAUUACGUGCAAACUGGCUUGGCCGCUCUUGAAAAGCUAAAAAACUGGUAUGAUGAAGCGAAUACUGAAGACUGGACAGAAAUGUGCAAUACCGCAUUUUUUAUACAGACACAUACGCUGGAAAGUCUAAAAAAACAGCUGGAAAGCUGA